AUGAUGUUUUGAUCUUCUCCACUCAUUCAUUUACAUCUUAAGAAAGUUUGUGGAAGAAAUAGUGUACCAUUUUUCAAGUUUUUGCGGCUCUAAUAAAGUUUGUGUCGGUGGUUCUGCCUUAUUAUUAAUUUGAAAAUAUGCGAUUACUUUUGAUUUAUUAUUGGAUAAGCGGUGUCCUACUUUCUUCAGGAUUAUGUCUAAAAACCGCUUUCGGGCAGUAUCAAUCAGCACCCCAUAUCGUCGUCUUUAUGGUAGAUGAUCUGGGAUGGAAUGAUGUUAGUUUUCAUGGCUCCAGCCAGAUUCCAACACCUAAUAUCGAUGCUCUUGCUUACAAUGGAAUUAUUUUGAAUAGACAUUAUGUUCUUCCCUCUUGUACACCCACCAGGGCAGCUUUCUUCUCCGGGAAAUAUCCCAUACGCAUGGGAAUGCAAGGUGAAGGAAUAAUGGGCGGAGAGCCACGUGGCUUACCUCUAAACGUACGAAUUCUACCAGAGUACCUUCGAGAUUUAGGAUAUUCACCUAAACUCGUUGGUAAAUGGCAUCUAGGCUUCCACACACGACAGCACACACCACUUCAUCGAGGAUUUGAGACAUUUUUCGGAUUCUACAACAGUCAUAUUGCUUAUUAUGACUACAGAUAUUCACAAGGCAAUAUGAGUGGAUUUGAUCUACAUCGUGGUGAUCUUCCUGCGUAUGAUGUUCAAGGUCAAUAUGCUACAGAUUUGUUCACUGAAGAGGCUGUCAAAAUAAUCGAUCAUCAUGACCCUAUCAACUCACUAUAUCUUCAAAUCAAUCAUCUUGCUGCACAUGCCCCUCUAGAACCUCCAAACGAUAACUUCAAUCUGGAUGACUUUGUACAUAUUCGCGAGCCAAAUCGGCGCAAUUAUGCCUUAAUGGUAGCUCGCAUGGAUGAAUCUCUGGGACGUAUCGUAGCUUCCCUCGGUGAUAAAAACAUGCUAAAAAACAGUAUAAUAAUUUUCAUGACAGACAAUGGAGCACCAACUAUUGGCAAAUAUCGAAAUUCUGGAUCAAAUUGGCCUCUCAGAGGCACAAAAUAUACCCUCUACGAAGGUGGCGUGAGAGGUGUAGCUGCAAUUUGGUCGCCGAGAUUACACUCAAUGGCUCGUGUUUCCAAUAAUCUGAUGCACGUAACUGACUGGCUACCAACUUUGUAUACAGCAGCAGGUGGGAACAUCGCUGAUUUAGGCGAAAUUGAUGGUGUAGAUCACUGGCCAUACUUAAGUCAAGGCAAAGAGAUUCCACGAGAAACACUUUUACUUAACAUUGAUGAAAUAUCCAAGACUGAAGGUGCCAUUCAUAGGCGAUUUAAACUUGUUCGAGGUGCUUACAAACGUGGUUAUUAUGAUCAAUACUAUGGAGAGUCUGGCAGGAAUCAUGAAGUACCAGCAUAUAAUUAUACUCUAGUUCAUCGCAGCUUCGUUGCCACUGCUAUCAGUGCUCACUUAGGUGAUCCAAUGACACAGCCAAGUGCCAUGACACAUUUAAGAGAACAGGCAUCUGUUUUGUGUCGAAGAAAGAGCACUUUUUCGUAUUGUAAUGAGACCGAGUGUCUGUUUGAUAUUGUCAAUGAUCCUUGCGAAGCUACCAAUAUCGCCAAGCAAUAUCCGAAGGUUGUAACGGAACUUGAUCUAUUUCUGGAAAAAUAUGGCAAUGUCCUGGUAAAACAACCAAGACUUCCAAUUGAUUGGUUGGCAGAUCCUCGAAGGAGAAAUAAUACUUGGGAGUCCUGGUUAAAUACUGGAAUGGAUCUACAACAUCUUUAUGGGUAUAAUGCUGCUUCAUCAGUCAACACUGUAACAGUCUGUGCUCAUCUAGGAUUGGCAUUGCUUAUCAUAGGUCUAAGAUACCUUUAUUUUAAUCCAGGAUACUAGCCUAUCGUUGAAUGGAGAUGAUUUUAUUUUCUAUCGGUCUACUUCAAAUGUACCCAAUCAAACUAAUUAAUAGUAAAUACAAUUUUAUCACGAUCUUGAUAAUGAUCAAGAUGCUGAUAGAUAACGAAUACAAACCCCACUGAUAAACUAUAGUAUUUUUACAAAUAAUUAAUAGAUAAAAUGGAAUAUAAUUAAUAUAUAUCUUGAUCAUAUUUUAUCCGUUUCAUUUUCAUGUAUAUCAUUUAUGUAAAAUUUUUUUUAUUACUUUCAAUGAGUAAUUAUCAAUAUUUCUCCGAAACUUGGACUAAUGAUUUUACUUUAUCAUAUUUUAUUAUUAUAUUAUACUUUUUGCUAGACAAAAAAGUUAGUAGUAAAGUGUAAAUAAUAAA